CAUGUGCUAGAGCCACCGCCAUCAUGUCGGUGCUGUCCGUGGUGUUGGCCGGGUUCGGCGCGUCGGCCACGCGUCCGGAGAUGCUCACGACGGCGCUGAUCGUGGGCGCGCUGGGCGUGGCGCUGGUGUACUACAUGGCGUUCCGGUGGCGGCGGCGACGCAUGUACGAGCUGGCCGCCAAGAUCCCCGGGCCCACGGGGCUGCCCGUCAUCGGCAACGUGUUCGACGUGGUCGGCGACACGGAGGAGACGGUGCGCAAGACCAUGGCGCAGUUCCACCAGUACCGCCCCACCUACAAGUACUGGCUGGGCCCGCUGCUGCUGGUGGCGCUCACGGACCCCCGCGACCUGGAGAUCGUGCUCAACAACUACAAGUACACGGACAAGUCGCACUUCUACGAGGUGUUCCACCCGCUGGGCGGCCAGGGGGUGUUCAACGCGGCGGGUGAGCAGUGGCGGCGAAACCGUAAGAUCAUCGCGCCCGCCUUCAACUUCAACUUCUUGGUGCAGUUCGUGGGGGUGUUCCACGCCAUGGCCAUGCGGCUGGUGGGCAAGAUGAAGGCCCGCGGUGAGGGCGAGAGCUUUGACUCGUACAAGCUGGUGGAGCUGUGCACGCUGGACGCCAUCGCGCUCACCGCCAUGGGCGUGGACGUCAACGCCCAGGACGACGACAACAGCGAGUGGAUCCGCGCCAUCCGCCGCUGCUUCCAGAUCACCCGCGAGCGCCUCGUCAAGCCCUGGCUGCUGCCGGACGCCACCUUCUACCUCACGCCGUACGCGCGCGACCAGAAGAAGUGCCUCGCCGUGGUCAACAAGUUCGCGCACGAGGUCAUCACCCGCAAGAAGGCCGAGUUCCGAUCGGCCAAGGCGGAGCUGGACAAGGACCCCGCGGCGGCCAAGCGGGAGGCGGCGGAGCGCGCCGAGCGGACGCGCAUCCAGGACGACGACGAGGAGAUCGGCGCGCGCAAGCGACAGACCUUCCUGGAGCUGCUCAUCGAGCGGUCCGAGAGCGAGGACGGCUGCGCGCUCACGGACAACGAGCUCCGCGACGAGGUGGUGACCCUGCUCAUCGCCGGCCAGGACACGACCGCCACGGACAACUGCUUCAACCUGCUGAUGCUGGCGCUGCACCCCGAGGUCCAGGAGGCGGUGCACCAGGAGCUGGUGGACAUCAUGGGCGACGACCCGACCACCUGCCCGACCUACAACGACCUGAAUCAGAUGAAGCACCUGGAGCGCGUCAUCAAGGAGACGCUGCGGCUGUACCCGUCGGCGCCCUUCAUCGGCAGGGACCUGGACCACGAGCUGGACGUGACCAACCACCGCCUGCCCGCGGGCUGCACCGUGCUGCUGGGGCUGUACGGCACGCACCGCCUGCCCGAGCACUGGCCCGAGCCCGACAAGUUCGACCCCGACCGCUUCCUGCCCGAGCGCAGCGUCGGCCGCCACCCCUACGCCUUCGUGCCCUUCAGCGGCGGCCCGCGCAACUGCGUGGGCCAGAAGUACGCCAUGCUGCAGAUGAAGACCAUCCUGUCCACCGUCAUCCGCCACUUCCAGAUCCUGCCCGGCAAGGACUGCGAGAGCAUGGCCAAGUUCCGGCUGCAGGUGGACUUCUCCAUGACGGUGGCGGGCGGCCACAACAUCCGCCUCAUGCCGAGGCACAAGGGUCUGCCGGCCGAGAUGCGGUCCCUGUAGACACAGACUGAGGGCGCUGCGACGUCCACGCUCUUGUGAUACGUCCCCUUUGUGAGCAGGGACUCGUUCGUCAUCCUCGUUGCAGUGCAGUGGCCGGGCCGCUCGCGUCAAGCGAAACCAAUAGUGCACGCCGCGCGCCGCGCGCCGCCUAGCCGUGGAGUCGCUUCAUUUGCAGUUCAUUGAGCGCAGCAGCGCAGCCACACUGCGGUGGGAAAGGACGGCCGUGGCCUGGCGUGGCGUGGCGCGGCGCGGCGUGGCCUACGCCGCUGGAAUGCCUCGCGAAGGUGAACGCGUCGCCGCUUUCGGAGAGUUCCACUGAGUUCCACCGCCGCCGCGACCCAUCCUGGGAAGGCUUCGCUGCUUCGCUCCGCCAGGCUUCGCGCGCCUUUGUGCAGGCUGCUGCAGCCCGAGGAGGGGGAGGGGGGGGGGGGGGACUCUGCGUCUGCGGCGUUUAGGUCGGCUUGCGCCGCUUGCGCCACGCCGCCGCGUCCAGUCCCGUCCUUCGUGUGAAUCACCACCUCGGGCCCUGCCGGCCCUGCCUGCAGCUCGGAAGCAGGCGAAGCUGGCCCAGGAGUCGUCGUGGCCCUGCGGCCAGCCUGCGGCCAGUCCGCGGCCGCCAGCCCACUUACCCACCGGAUUAGCAUGAGCAGUGUGCUGCCUGGCUGCGCCUGGCCGUGCCAGGUGAGAAAAAGAAAGAAGUGCUGAGCCGUGCCGUGCCGUGCCGCGCCGUGCCACGCCACGCCACGCCAAGGUCCCGCCGCACCAGCAGAAGCUCGAAUCAUUCACUCGCUCCGCCCGCUCCGCCCGCACCGUUUUGAGGCCUUUCUCUCGCUCGGCGGCACGGCUUUGUUCGGCGGCGCCGCGAAUUGUGUCAUAAUGUUAAUUCCGCCAAUUAUUUGGUCGUUUGCCGCCAAGGCCGCGCGGUGCAGCGCCACCAAGGCCGCGCCGCGUCUGCGAGGGGAAGGAAGAUCAAUAGGCAGUACGCACGGAGGCAGGCAAGGCGGGCAAGGCAGGCAAGGCGGGCAAGGUGAUGCUGGGACGCGCGAAUUACGCCUCGCGUGCCUAGCAGCGCUGAUGAUGAUGUGCGAGCCCAGCCUUUAGCAUUUUGCCUGCCGAUCGAAUUUAAUUAGCUGAUUCAGGGGAAAGGAGAGGGGAUGUUAAGGUUUUGAUGAACGGCUUAAAAUUUUUGAUGCAAUUUCAUUUGGUAAUGUACGAAAAAACUAUUUUACGACCAUCACUUUCUAUUUUUGAUGCACUUUAACUUGCUGGAUUUAAGCGGAGAAAAAGGUCAAUUUUUUUGUGACCCCCAUUUUGUUUUGUACCAUUGAUAGUUUAGGGUAAACGUGUUAUAAUGAUGCUGUUUGUACCUUCCUAGUGAUAUUUACCGGCAUGGGACGAUGUCGAUUUGACACCGACGUGUUAGUACCGCCUCGAAGUCGAAUCGACACCGACCUCGACAACUGAGUAAUUUUAACGAUUUGAUGUAAAUAGACUUGUACCACCAUGUAUUAGAUGCUAAGCUAUUCUUAAGUGCGCGCGAAUGUUUGUAAUUAAGUUAAGGUUUUUCAUAUUAUUAUGGUUAUUUUGCAAAAUCUAUUACAAGUAGUCAUCAGUUUUGUACAUAGAAAGUUGCGAAAUAUAUGAAUCUAAUAAGCCUUU